GAAUGGAAGAAACCCAAAAAGAAGUCAAAGUCCCGAUCCAAGCAGAAAAACCGAAUAGAAAUGCUGUAUGAGGAUGUUCAACUGCCUCCCGAAAUCGAACUACCAAGCAAUGCUUCUGCGUUCGCAGUGUUCGCCUCUAUUCGUUUGGCAGUGCUGGAUAGAUGGAUGAAGCAGGCCAGCCAGGAUUAUCUACAGAGUAGCUGCAGCGCUCCUUUGCAAGAUCAAAGUGAAAUCGAGAGCGAUACUGAAGAAAAUAGUCAGAGUUGCACCUACACACCAAUGAAAGUGUCUAAAGUCGUUGGACUAGGGCUAAGAUCGGUGUUUGAGAUCAUAAAAGAGAGUAGGAUAACUCAUCCUCUAUUGUGUACCAAAGCUUUAUCGGCACUUCUUGAUGUGUUACAAGGGCAGAGCCCAGAAGAUUUAAAAUCAGAACCGUUGGACAUCAUUGAUCCCUUAUUCGAUUUGCUAUUGGACUUAGCAACGUUGCACGGGCCUGAAAGCUCAGUAGCAAACGAUGGAACUCAUUUAACUGCGAUAGCCUGUGCUUGUUUAUUAUCUCUUGUUGUCGUCAGAGGAGACACUGGAAAAUAUUUAUCUGCCACUGCUGCUCUAUUGAUGUGCCCAAGAGCCCUAUCACUUCAAAAUAUACAGAUGCCCGCAGUCCUCUCCUCCUUACAAAGAAGUGUGCAUGGUGUUCUGUUGGGGAAGAUUCAAAGACCGGAUUGGAUAACUCAUGGCAUACCCAUCACAUCUAAAACUGAUUCUUUCUAUCUUCAAACGAUCAACGACAUUCAAAACUUGAAUUUGGUACCUAAAUCCUUGGCAAUGGAUGGGUUGUACCUGUAUUUAUUCACCUCUAAAGGUCUCUUCAAAAUCGGUAGCGGAUAUGGUGGUACUAUGAAAGGCCACAUUUAUCUUUGGAAGCCAGAUUUUUAUCCAACCGAUAACGGCAGUUUGAUUUAUUGUGCGGGGAAACUCUAUUUGAAACUGUGCGGAAGAAGGGGUGUGGAGUUUCUGACAGUCGAAAGGACCGAUCUUCUGAUUUCUGGCUCUGUCCCUCUCCAUAGUAGAGACGCAGCGUCUGCUGUAGUUUUUUCAGACGGUGAAUAUUUGGGCACCAUAUCACCUUCAAAAGAUGAUGGAUUUGUUAUACGUAUGUUGAAUCAGAACGUUCUUCCUGCUUCAGUAAUUAGUGAAUUACCUCUGAAAUUGGCAAGGAAGUGUGUUGAGGUACUGGGAACUUCAUCGUUCGAAGAUGAAGGUUUGUCGCACACUGUCAAUACUGGAACUGAUGAAGAAAUCGCAACGAUAUGUGCUGGCAAAGAAUUUGGCCUCAUUAGAACCGUAUCAGGAAAGGUUCUAUUUUGUGGCAAGGCCGCAGCUCUUGGUAUAAAACAAUCGGGAAUCAGGAGUAGCAAAUGGGCGGAACUAGUGGUCACCAAAACACCAAAAAUAACCCAUAUUUCAGUAGGUCACGAUGGUCUUCACGCUAUUCUUCUAACAGAAGAUGGUUCAGCAUUCUUCACAGGUACUGCGAGGAGAGGUGAAGAUGGUGAUCAAAGUAAAGUAAGACGACAACCGAAGUCUAUAAAACCGAAGAAGAUCAUCAAGGUGGACGGGCAGUUCAUAGUUUCAUCUGCAUGUAACAAUGGCACUUCAGCUCUUGUAACUAGGGAUGGCGAACUGCUGAUGUUCGGAAAAGAUACAACGCAUGCUGAUCCAACUACAGGUGUUGUAUACAAUUUGAAAGGAGAAUUUAUUGCUCAAGUUGCUUUGGGAAAAGCUCAUGCAGUGGCCCUCACAAGUAAAGGACAAAUUUUCACAUUCGGAAUCAACAAUAAAUACCAAUGUGGAAGAGAAUUUGUACCAGUGAAUAAAGAAGGAUGUUCAUCGAAUGUUGUUGACAUGGAAACUUGCGCUACUCAAGAUGACCAGGAUAUAUAUGAAGAAGUCGACGAGAAUAGGAAAGAAACCGAAAACAUUCCUGGAAGAUCGGAUGGAAAUAAUAUGGAAUCUCAAAUGAACAUGUGUCCUCCUGGGAUGCAUGCCUGGCAUGAAGACAGAUGUAUGAUUUGUACAAUUUGCAGAGAAUGUACCGGUUAUUCCAUAAGCUGUCUCUCCUCAAUUUCUGAAAGGAGUCCUGGACAAGAAUGUGGAUGUGGUGAAGGGGAUAGUGGCUGCAGCAUAUGUGGUUGCUGUAGAAUAUGCGCGCGAGAGGUGGUUGAUAACUCUGAGUUGGCAGAUUUGGCUGGGAUGAUGCGCUUGGAUCUAAUAUUCAGGGAUAAAGUGAUGAUUCCACCUCGUCAGCGGAGCAAACUUCAGGAGCAGAUUCAAACACGACUGGAAGAAAGGAAAAUCAAAGGUAGAAAAUCCACAGCGGGACCAAGUAAGCAGAAUUCGAAGAUAAAAAUCACUAGACAAUCUCCUUCGGCGUCCCCUGUUCAUAGAUCCAAUAAUUUGAUUCGUCAAUCUAAUAUGAGUAGCUCUGUAUCAACUAAAGAUCAAGUCAAUUCUGAUGUUGAGAGGGAUGCCACAAGAAUAGCCUGUUUGCCUCCUGCCAAAGUUCAACUUCCUUGCAAUAGUCCAGUCGUUCAAAUAGCUUGUGGGCAACAUCAUAGCGUUUUGCUUUGUCAGAAUGGUCAGGUUUACAGCUUUGGUUCGAACAUUUAUGGCCAACUUGGGUGCGGAGAUAUUUUAGCGAAAAAUAGCAUCCAGUUGGUCAAGUUACCCUGCAGUGCGGUUCAUGUUGCAGCUGGAAAUAAUCAUACUGUUGUUCUCACGUCGAAGGGAGAGGUAUUCACGUUUGGUAAUCACCAGAAAGGACAAUUGGGAAGAUCCCCAGUGAUUUCCCCCCAAGAUUCUCAGCCUGGGCAGAGCAGUAGUUCCAAAUAUAUCUCUCCUAGAUCUCCUUGGUAUUCGAUUCCGACCCAGGUACCAAACAUUGGUCCCAGGCAUGGUAGACGUGCCACAUGGGUGGGAGCAUCUGGCGACCAAACCUUCAUCAAGAUUGACGAGAGUCUGAUCAAUGCUCUGAGCAUUUCGAAAUCUGCAGUUACAGCAACUAAAAGUUCUUUAGUACUGAUUCCGAAUCACGAGGAUACCGCAAAAUCCUUCUCGUGUCUGGUCAUCAAUAAGCGAGAUGGAAAUUGCAAUUCAUUCAAAGGAAAAGAUCAGUUGAGCUUUUGUGGCAAAACAAUAUGUCUCGAUCCAAUCUACAACGUUCUCUGGUCAUAUAACGUCAAAAAUCACGAAAUUGAAUGCUUCAACAUCACAUCGUCGGAGUUGAACGCGAAAACCAUCAACAAAUUAGACAACAAGCAGCUAUCCAACAAUCGGUACAUGGCCACCGACAAUGCCAGGGAUAAAAACUUCAACAUCACCUCCAUCUUAUCACCAGAGCUGUCCCUGCCUCUGGUCACCAAUUGCUUUGUGACAAGAUUUCAGGCUGCUAUCAAUCUGUUGUGCACGUUGGAUACGUUGACAGUUGCGCACGAUUUACAACUUGCGGCUGUCAAAGAAGACACGGAUGAGAGGCAGCUGAUUUCCGGCAAAUUAUACUCGAAAGAAGACUACCAGGUUGUCAAUAGAUUUGAAGGUCACGGAGGAGGGUGGGGCUACUCUGGACACAGUAUUGAAGCCGUUAGGUUUAUGGCAGAUACGGACAUACUUCUAGGAGGCUUCGGCUUAUUCGGUGGAAGGGGAGAAUAUACCUCCAAACUGAAGCUUUUCGAUCUUGGUCCAGAUGGCGGUGAACAAGAAGGCGAUGGGGAGUUGCUUACAGAGACUGAGGAAAUACCUUAUGAAUGUGGACCAAGGCAAAAAUGCUCUAUGCUCUUCGAUGAACCUGUUCAGUUACAGGCUCACCGUUGGUACGUUGCUUGGUGCCGAAUCAGUGGACCUAGCAGCGAUUGCGGUUCAUCGGGCCAGGCGAUGGUCACCUCUGAAGACCAAGUCCUAUUCUAUUUCAAAUCAUCGAAAAAGUCUAACAAUGGAACUGAUGUAAACGCUGGACAGAUACCUCAACUUCUUUACAAAGUCAUCACGCCAGAAAGUCAAGCACCUCCAAGGCAAUACGAGACGUCUGAACCUGUCCAUAUUUUAUCCAAAGAAUUCUCCAGAACAGUGACCAAGGAAUGUUUCCAGAGCCUGUUAUCCCUUCUACAAUGGUCCUGGAACACUUUCAAGUGGGGAGUAGUGGAAGGUCAGAACAUAAAGAACGCUUACACUUAUUUGGAGCUGGAGCGUUUAGUAUACAUCAGUAAAGCGAGUCUCAGGUUGAUAAGGACCUAUACGAACGAGAUAUACCCUAGCCAGAUUAAUAAAAAGAUAUUAUUGGAAAAUGUUCAUCUGGCAGAGAGUAUAGGGGAUGUGAGGACUUUGCUGAAGCAAAUCUUAUCAGAUAGUUUACCGGUGUCGUUCCACUCCAAGAAGUCAGCCAAAUGGAAAAAUGCAAAUUCUAAUUUGGAUUUGACUGUUGAAAUACUGGAGGAAUGCCACCACACCUUCGUUCAGUGUUUUCAUGCAUUCUAUCCAACCGCUUAUUUGAAAUGGACUUGCCUGUGUGAUUUGUUGACAGAAAUAGAUAAGGAAGGCACUCUUCAAUCAUCUACCAACAGUCAGAGGCUGCUAAGCGCGGUUCUCUGUGCUCUUUGCGCACCUAACGUGAGGUUGAGGAGUACAUUCCCCCUCUUAGGCACGAACAUAAGUUCAGAAACUUCCAUACAUAGAAACUUGAGUCCUUCUGAUAACACAGGUCAUCCGAUGAUGAGUUGCUCAGAUUCGCAUCAUUAUCCGAUAUUGGUGGAACAGAUGAGCUACAAAAGCCAGAUGGAAUCUAGCUGUCCGGAAUUAUUCUCUUGGCCUUGGACUGAAGUUCUGGAGCGUUUGUUACAUCUUGUUGCUGAUCCUGUUAUAAAAAGCCUCCAUCUGAGCAAGGUAUCACCCCUUCCAGGUCUAACACGACAUUGUUGCCAUCUCCUGGGUCGCGUUGUUGCCGAAUUGGUGCAUCAGUGUAGUGCGACUGAGGAGGAACUGCAAUCGGGUUGCGGUAGAAUUCUACACAUAACUCCAUCAAGAUUCACGAGAACUAACCAAUCUCGCACAUGGAACACUGGGAAUGGUUCUCCCGAUGCCAUUUGCUUCCAAGUUGAUCACCCAGGUAUAUCCAUAGCUGGUGUUGGAGUUUAUGGAGGUAUUGGACACUACGAUUACGAAGUGGAACUGCUGGAGGAUCAGAGUACAUCUAUUGGUGGUUCUGACAGUCAUACCCACACACAAAGGUGGAAUAGUUUGGAGGUAACAAGAGGUUCUUUUGGACCAGAAGAUUUUGCACCAGAUAUCAUCGAAAUCAAGUUUGACAGAGCUGUACCGAUUAAAGAAAACACCAAAUAUGCUAUUCGGCUGAGGAACCACGGUGGCAGAACUAACAAUGGUGAUGGCGGUUUGAGUUCGGUCAAGGGUUCAGAUGGAACCAACUUCAUAUUUUCUACUUGCGCCUUAAGUUUUAACGGAACCACUCUCACCAGGGGUCAGAUUCCAGUUCUUUUAUACUAUAGCAAUCCAAUGGAAUAUGGAAAGACAUCAACGACAAAGCUAGAACAACAAGCACGAAAAGCAGCCCUAUCCAUGACCAGUGCCAUAUUCACCAAAGCUUCAGAGUUGAUGACAUUAGCAAGAAGCAAAGUUGAAGAAGUUCCUUCGGCUGAGCUACUUAGUUCGUCUUGCAUGGUGACAACUCUGUUACCUUUAAUUGCUGCUCACAUUAGUCCACUCGUCACCAGCGACCCAAGGAGCGCUGUCUACGUUUUGGGUCUCAUCUAUGAGCUUCUUCCACAUAUUGCGGCUUUGAAUCUGAUCGGAGGAUCGACACCCUCUACAGCCAAAUCGGUGACCUCCAUUUCCAUCAAUCCAGACGGAUUCGAUUAUCGGAUCAAUACAUCGAGCCCUCAUUAUACUUGGGUUGAGAGCGAACAUCCAUACAAACCCGCAACAGUUUCAAAUUAUAGAGUGAAAUUCCCAGAAUCAGUCAAAUGGCUGUCAUUAGAAUUCGAUCCUUCUUGUUCAACUGUACAGCCAGAGGAUACCCUACAGCUCUACGUUCCAGCGAUAGGAACACGUGGUGUUAAAUGUGCUGACACCAUUUCGAUUGAUGUUGAAGAUGGUACACCUCCACCACCGCCAUACUGGCCGGUUCUUCACAAGUUCAGUGGAUGUUUACAAUGGCCUAGUAACGCCGUCAUUUUACCGGGAAACGAAGUUAUAUUCUCUUUGGAAACAGCAUCAGAUUACUUGAAAGACGACAAGGCUAGCGCUUUUGGCUUCAAGUGUCUUGUGAUAGGUUACGAGUGGCCCUUACCUGGAAUGAAUGGUCCACUUGCUGGACUGAAACACUUGGAAUCGGAGCUAGCCUUCUUAGGUGGAAUGUGCGCCGCUAGCUUGAUGAAGAAGGACCUCCUACUUCCAACUUACGGAGAUGAGGCAGAAAUCGACAUCGAAAUGGCAGAAAUGGUUGCGUCUGUGACUUUCGCUAUGCAUGCACAACUCCUGUCUAAAGGUUUGGCUCUUAACAAUCCACCAACCGUCAAUCAGGCUCUAGAUGGGAUGCUGCCCUAUAGUGUUAAUUCCAACGAGAGGCUUUUCCUGCGAGAUUUCGUGGGCUGCGUGGCCGGAACCAGUGGCGGACGUCUUGCACAAUGGCUGCAACCAGGAAGUCGUGUCGACCCUUCCAAGUGUCAAGUUCUUUACUCCAAAGAAGAGUUGAGAUGCGGCUGGCCAGCAAUGAUAACCGUCAUCACUAGAGACCAAUACUCGGACAUUGUGCAUGUGCCAACGAUGAAAGUGGAUAUAAAGGCGAUUCCAAUCGAUAAGAAUGAACUUGGAGACGGCGACGCUGGAAGAAAGUUGAGGAGGGUAAGUCAGCCAGACGCUAUGACGUUUGGUGGUCUUCCUCCUCCGCCUGUGGAAUAUCCUUACGAACCUACCGUCAGAGACAAAAUGUACUUCCAUUCUAUAACGGUAAUGAAGCCGUACCAAAACUAUUCAUUCGAAGAACUGAGAUUCGUGUCGCCUCCUGUGAAAAGAUCAAGUGAAAGCAUGUUGGUGAGGCCGAAUUUAGACGGUACUUACAGUGCAACUUGGACACCAGCUUCCAUCGGUUGCUACUCCAUUGUUGUUAACAUUGACGGAUACGACAUGGAGGAGGUAUUCAGGGUGGAAGUGAAAGAACCGCCGCAAGGUAUGACACCACCUUCUCAACAGACAGCCAAGAAGAAUAACUAUCAGCCGAAUAAGUUGAGGAAGUUCGUUGCUAAAAACUCGGCGGGAUUGAGAAUAAGGGCACAUCCUUCUUUGCAGAGUGAACAGAUAGGUGUAGUUCAUGUGAACGGGACCAUCGCGUUCAUAGAUGAGAUCCAUAACGACGAUGGCGUUUGGUUGAGGCUCUCAAUGGACACUAUCAAACAGUAUUGCAGCGGUGGUAUCAUCGAAGCUUGGUGUUUGCAAUACAAUCAGCAUCUGGGCAAAACCCUUCUGCUACCAGUCGAGGAACCAAAGACAACCUUGGAUCAAGUAAUAAGCGAAACUAUUCGAAAAAAGUUACCAGAAAUUCACGACAGGCGAAAGAUUCCUACGAAUGCAGCAGGAGAUUACAUCGUGAUUAAAUGCGGGGCUUCUGGUCACAAUGUACGCAGUAAGCCCAAUCUCAAAGCACCUAGGGUUGGCAUGUUGGUCCUUGGUAACAGAGUUGGAGUUUCCGAAUAUAUAGUGAACUCUGAUGGAUGUUGGGUGCUUCUGGAUCAACCCACCAGGGAAAAAUACUGUUUCAACACGGAUGAAGAGGCGUGGUCUUUGGCGAUGGGUCACAAUAACACUCUCUAUUUAGGAGCGAUAGGCGACAAGCAUUCAGAUGAUUCCACGAAGAAAGGUUUCGACUUCGCGCAAACCUUCGGACCGACGUCUGCAGAUCCUCAUUUCUUCUUCGGAGGACAGCUCAAACAGAGCGAUUCCAACACCAUGAUUGCUGAAAUGCCAUCGACAAAUCCUUUCAUAUUCGGAGAGUGCUCGAAGGACAUGUCUCCUCAGGUUCCCAGAAGAGAGAGGAAAGAUGGCAAGAUCAGCGUCUUGCCGAAAUGGUUGAAAAGUGACGAUGAGAAGAGUGAAUCUCCAGAUAUGCCGAAUUGCCCGAGACAGGAACCAAUUAAACCGCCUCCAGAGAGUAGAGCAAAUGGCAAUGGAACACCUCCAGAAACGCCAAAAAGAUCAAACAGUCCUAAUCGAGGUCCCUUCUCGCCUAAAAUACUCAGCAGAAGUUCCAGUCCUGUUGCUGUUCCACCUCGAGGAAAUGCUUUGGUGGACAGCUCAGUUAGCAGCAAUCAGGUAUUCGGAUCACCAAAAAGUAUAGGACUGUCACCCUUAGUGUCUAGCGGUUUUCCUGAGCAUCAGAGAAGGGAUUCAACGCAAUCUGACAGUAGUGCUUUUGUCAGUAGCUUAACACGGGAUAGUCAAUCUCCAAGCCAGGCAACUCCUUACAAGGAUCUAACUUCUAGUCCCAGUGGCAGCUCGAUACAAACCAGAUCUGAUAACAGUCCGCCUUCAACGCCUUGCAGGAAAGAAGAAUACUGCGAUUCCGACGGUAGUUCGAAAAAGUUGACGCAAACUGGCACCCAGACAUCGCCCGAAAACUUGACCAACGCAUCAGUGAAAGGCCAUUUCUCAAUCGGAUCGACAAACAAAGAAGAAACACUAGGAAGAAAAGAAAGAGGUUUAGGAAAGGCUCGUCAGAGGAGAUCCAUUUCUCCUACGAGUGUCCAGCAGACAAACUCCAAAAUGUCGAUGAAUGGAACGGAAGAGGCCAAAAUUGCCAUGAGUCCAACUAUGGCCGAGGCCUUGCGGGCAGUAUUUGCGUCGUUUCUCUGGCAUGAAGGAAUCGUCCAUGAUGCUAUGGCAUGUGCUUCUUUCCUCAAAUUCCACCCCACCUUACCGAAACAAGGAGCGUUAGUGGUCACGAGACACUUAGAACCUCCAGUUGACAAAAGAAGGCAGGAUUUAACGAAGGAAGAACGCGCCAGACAAAGGCACUCUGUCGAAGUGACAACAAAUGCUGGGAGCUAUCUACAUAUUCAGCCAGCUACUUUAGAAUCCCUAACAAGAUCUGCAGCUAACGCUAAUGCUAAUAGGAACAGAUCUAAGAAGAUUCCCAAUCAGGCAAUCAAAGAUGAAGCAGCCACAUCCAAGGGAUCUUCAAAUGAAAGAUCUGGAUAUGGGCUGCAUACGGUUUCAGUACUUCCCCCAGCAUUGAAAUCCCUUGUUUACUUAUGGGAGGAACUUUCAACAAGCUGCUUUCAAGCCAUCUCCCAGCAAAUGAUACUGCAAAGCCCCAUCCAGAAUAAUAUAAGAAGAAAAGAAAAGAUAACUAAUAAUACGAAGAAUGAUUGCCGAGAUAAAAAUUCUACCCUGGAAAGGGAUAGCAGAAGGAAUCGUAAGAAAAAGGCGACUUCUAGAAAUUAUUUAGAAGACAUCGGAAUACCUACCAAUGUUGCAUCGGACGAAUCUGAAACCGUCUGCGAACUGUGUGGCGAAAGUUAUUCACACCCUGUCACAUAUCACAUGCACCAAGCGCAUCCAGGCUGCGGGCAACAUGCAGGUGGAAAAGGUUACAAUUCUAGAGGUAACUAUUGUCUCGGUUGGGCUGGAAGCUGCGGAGACGGUGGCGUUCCUGGCAGCUCAUGGUAUCUGAUGUGUGAAAACUGCCGAGAAAAAUACGUGAAAGCUUUCCGGAGCGCCAAACAGUUCACCAAUCGAGUCAGGAAUCUCCAAAGAAGAGUCUACACCAAACCUGCCGUAUCUCCAUCUUUAUCGCCUAUUCUGGAACCUCACAUCAUCAUGAAGAACAACGCAAUGUUCCUACUAGACCUUGCUAGUUCCGCCGAUACGAAUAUGGCUCCGCAGAGGAGAUCUUCGAUGGGCUAUAUGCCAUCAUUAUCCGAAAACAAUUCACCACCAGACUGUUCGGGACCCUUCAGCCCCAUGCCCCCAUUUCAAUGUCUUCAGUCUUUGGGCGCCAGUUUGGUUAAGGACGAGACCAACAUUUAUGAAGUGAUGUUUCGUGAACACAAUAUGCGAGACGGAUUUGGCGUUGGUGGUUCACAAAGACCUCUGUCUGAAAUAUCUGUGUCUGAUGAUGGCGACAGCUCUAAAGGUUCAAGAUUCCAUCGAUCCAUAUCUAUGGGUACCAACGGCAUUCCUUGGUCGAAAUCAGGCUUAGAUGGACGCAUGAUCAUGGCGAGGCGAAGGAAUAAUAGUAGCAGUGAAUCUCUGAUAGAAGGUGGAUCUUCCCUCCUGUGCAACCCUUCUAGUGCGUUACAGCAGCUAAUACCGAAAGUCGAUCAUUCGUCGAACGUUGUCAAAGAUGAGAUGAACGGAUCAGACGGAGAAGGUGGCUUGAUUUUAUUACAGAGACCGGUGAUGCAGUUUUUAUUGCAACAGCACGAUCUUCAAUCCCUCAAGUUAUCUAUGCGACAAGCAUUAAGGAAAGCAAUGUGCCGAGUCUACGCUAUGCAAGCCCUCAAUUGGUUACUGAAAUCUGUAACUCAGCCCUUAUGUCUGCAUGAUUUACUGUGGUGGUUUGUCACCUCGUUAACACCAUCCGACAUUGAAAUGGAAUCUGAGGAUGACAAUAGACCAGCGAAGAAACUUGAUGAACAGGAUUUCAAUGUUUGCGAGCAUCCAUUGUCCGAUAUCGUGAUAGCUGGUGAUGCUGUCCAUCCUUUACCCAGUACUUUUCACGCACUGUUACAAACCAUUGCUGACCUUAUGGUGCUUCUACCCAUGGGAUCCCCGAUUCAACAAAUGGCUGUUAGGUGUUGGGGUUUACGGUUUGCAACCAGUGAUCAUUCCUUCCUUCAUCGAUCCCAGGUAUUCAGCAAUAUAAGCAAAAUAUUAUCACGUAGCGAAGAAUUAGAGGAUUGCACUAUUUCGAUGCAUGACAGUCACCACAGCUCGGCAUAUCAAUACUUAUGUGCGAUAGAAUCGCUCAGAGACCUCACUUUCGCUGUGGAGAUAAAGUCCUCUAGUCGCCAAGCUAUGGUGGGUAGUCUGACUGACGGUUCAACAGAAACCUUCUGGGAAUCUGGAGAUGAAGAUAGAAAUAAAACCAAGAGUUUGGUUCUGGUCUCCCCUCAAGGACAUCACCCUGCCCUGAUUUGUGUCCAUAUAGAUAACUGUAGGGAUUUAGCGAAUAAAGUUUCAAAUGUCACAUUUUAUUCUGGUCCAAAUAGUGAUGAAUUGGUGAAGUUAGGAAGUGUCGAGCUGGAGACUAGAUUAUUAGGUGGAUGGGUAAAUUGCCCUAUACCAGAAAUUAAUAAUAAUGUGAUAAAAGUGGAUCUUAAGGGCCCUGACAAUUCCGUUCGAGUCAGACAAAUAAGAGUGUUAGGCAAAGUAGAUUCCGAAUCUCUGAGGGUUGGAAAGCAAUUCAAUUCGUAUACGAUACAGCAGAAAAAUUGCGAGGCGGAGACUCUCAGAGUUUUCAGACUCAUAACUUCCCAGGUUUUCGGAAAACUGAUUCAGGGGGAAGAAGGACAAAAUAAAAACAUCAUAGAAAACACCGGUGGUUCUGGCAGUGAGAGCUUGGAGCCUCUGGAGGAAAGUAACGACUUGAGAGAACACAUGGUAGGGAUAUUGUUCAGUAGGAGCAAGCUCACACAUCUCCAGAAACAGGUGAUUGUGCAUAUAGUCCAGGCAAUACGAAAGGAAACGCUGAGGGUAAGGGACGAGUGGGAGCUGUCAAUAUGUUCCAGUGGUAGAUUGAGUAGCAGCGGUCAAAGUCAGGAUAUCAUGAAAAAUUCCGACACCUACUGCUUUGAGAUGCUCUCCAUGGUUUUAGCUUUGUCUGGAAGUUCAGUGGGUAGAGCCUAUCUUUCACACCAGGGUGGUCUCUUAGGUGAUCUCCUCAGUCUUCUUCACACAGGAAGUGCAAGAGUUCAACGACAGGUCACAUCAUUACUCAGGAGAAUGCUACCAGAAAUCACACCUGAUACUUUGGCCAAAGUAAUGGGGGUUUCUAAUUUGCCUCCAAAAGACUUCAACGUUGUUUUAGUGAAUAAUAAAGCUAUAGGUUCAAAUGAAUUCGAUAUACAUAGGUCUGGAAUACUAGACGUUUUCCUCAGUAUAAUAGCAAAAGCUUUGACUGUUCAAGUUAAACUGAAAGGAAAAACUGGAAGUGGAAAUGCUGUCAAAGAAAUAAACACAGUUACUCUAGCUACAUCGGUACAUCCUAAAGAAAACUUAGAGAGUAGAUGGUGGUUGAAAGGUUUUGUUAAUAGAAAACUGGCCGAGGUACUUGUAAAUCUCAUCAAGGACAUGGCAGCUGGAAAGCUAUCAGAUACUUGGGCCAGGAUCGCAAAGGGAGCAAUAGCAGAAAAUAUACUGAACCUCACACAUCUCAGCGAAGAACAAAGAGCACCUACUGUAUGUUUAAAAACACCAACGCUGUGGCUAGCUUUGGCUUCUCUUUGUGUACUUGACAAAGACCACGUUGAAAGACUUUCUUCUGGUCAAUGGACCAAUCCGGAAGGACAACCAGCACCUCCAAGACCAACUUGUACUAAUCACGAUGAUGGAGAAACUAAUGCAGUAAUUCAAUGCAGUGCUUGCGGAAACUUAUGUGCUGAUUGUGAUAGAUUUCUUCAUCUUCACCGAAAAACUAGACAUCAUCAACGUCAGGUGUGCAAAGAGGAAGAAGAAGCUAUCAAAGUUGAACUGCACGAAGGAUGUGGACGUAUCAAGCUCUUCUGGUUGCUGGCCCUUGCAGACGCCAGAACGCUUAAAGCGUUAAUCGAGUAUAGAGAAGGCGGUACGAGGACCAGAGGUGCAGGAACAAGUGGUGUUUGCAGAUUUUGUGGUGCCACCGGAACUUCUGGCUUGCUUGCAAUAGGAAACGUCUGUGCUGAUCAAGAAUGCCAAGAAUAUUCAAAGACUGCCUGCACUAAACUGCUGAACUGCGGCCACAUGUGUGGCGGAAUUUUGGACGAGGAAAAAUGUCUGCCAUGCCUUCACGGUUGUUCCAACGAGCCCAAUCUGAGACAAGAUGCGGACGACAUGUGCAUGAUUUGUUUCACGGAGGCGCUUUCAUGCGCGCCCGCUAUACAACUCCAGUGUGGUCACGUCUUUCAUCUCCAUUGUUGCAAAACGGUAUUGAUGAAAAAAUGGACGGGACCUAGGAUAACGUUUUCCUUUUCGCACUGUCCAAUUUGCAAGAAAGAUAUGGAGCACCCUAAUCUAGAUGAAUUGUUAGAACCAAUUAAGAAACUGUUGAAGGAUGUACAAAGAAAGGCUUUGAUGCGGCUGGAGUAUGAAGGACUCCACAAAGCGGAAGCAGUGGUGACCCCUGGUGCAAGAUUCUAUAACGAUCCAGCUUCAUACGCUAUGGAUAGAUAUGCUUACUAUGUGUGCUUCAAAUGCAAUAAGGCUUAUUAUGGAGGCGAGGCUAGAUGUGAUGCUGAAGUUGGGGAGAACUAUGAUCCAACUGAGCUUGUUUGCGGGGCCUGCUCUGAUGUGGCUAGGGCACAAAUGUGCCCAAAACAUGGCACAGAUUUUCUAGAAUACAAGUGUCGUUACUGUUGUUCAGUGGCAGUUUUCUUCUGCUUUGGCACUACUCAUUUCUGCAAUCCCUGUCACGAUGAUUUCCAAAGAGUUACUAACUUGGCCAAAUCGGAAUUGCCCAGUUGUCCAGCAGGGCCUAAAGCCAAGCAACUAGAAGGAGACGAAUGCCCUCUUCAUAUAAAACAUCCUCCAACAGGAGAAGAAUUUGCAUUAGGUUGUGGAGUUUGCAGAAAUGCACAUACAUUUUAGAAAAGUAUAUUUAAAAUCCACUAGAUGUGAUAUUCAUUCAACUUGUAUUUACUUCUGAAAUAAACCAUAAAGCACUGU